AGAGCAGGAUGUUAGCAUGUGUGGCUAUUAGCCUGUUAGCUUAAGCAGCUAGUCAGGUGUUUGUAUCAUGUGGCCUGUUUGUUCCUCUUUAUGCUCAUACUAGAUUUAAAUAGCCUCCGAGCGAUGGACACCGAGGCCAUAGUGAUCCGUAUAAAGACGCCGGCAGGAGACAUGGACUCGGCCGUGGACUGUCCGGCUCUGCUGAACUUCAACGACCUGCUGGUUGCAAUCAGAGAUGUCAUGCCUGAGGCCACUGUCACAGCCUUUGAAUAUGAAGACGAGGUGGGGGACAGAAUCACUGUAAGAAGUGAUGAAGAACUCAAAGCCAUGUUGUCAUAUUACUUCAACACAAUGAAUGAACAACGCAUCAACGGGCUGCUGCCGGACCCUCUGCAGAUUUUUCCACGAGCCGGCAAGACUCCAGGGAUCCGGAACAUACAUGGCCUGAAGGUUAAUACAAGACCCAACCCAGCCAAUGACUGCACUCAUGCCAUCCCAGACUCCAUGGCCAACAACAGCUUGAAAAAAUCGUCUGCGGAGCUGAAGAGGAUCCUGACAAAUGGGCAGAUAAAUGCUCAGGAUAUCCACUAUCAAGAGCAGCUCGGCCAUGGAAACGGAGGCACAGUUUACAAAGCGUACCAUCUUCUGGGCAAGCGGGUUUUAGCUGUCAAGGUCAUUCCCCUGGAUAUCACGGUGGAAUUACAGAAGCAGAUCAUGUCAGAAUUAGAAAUUCUCUACAAGUGUGAUUCGCCCUACAUCAUCACUUUCUUCAGUGCCUUUUUUGUGGAGAACCGGAUAUCCAUAUGCACCGAAUUUAUGGACGGUGGUUCUCUGGACGUGUACAAAAGAAUUCCAGAGCACGUACUGGGGAGGAUCGCAGUGGCAGUAGUCAAAGGCCUGACGUAUCUGUGGAGCCUGAAGAUACUUCACAGAGAUGUCAAGCCUUCCAAUAUGCUGGUGAACACCCGAGGACAAGUCAAGCUCUGUGACUUUGGUGUCAGCACACAGUUGGUGAAUUCUAUUGCCAAAACGUACGUGGGAACAAACGCGUACAUGGCGCCGGAAAGGAUAUCAGGAGAGCAGUAUGGUAUCCACGCAGAUGUCUGGAGUGUGGGAAUCUCUUUCAUGGAGUUAGCGUUGGGCAUGUUCCCCUAUCCACAGAUUCAGAAAAAUCAAGGAUCUCUAAUGCCUCUCCAGUUACUGCAAUGCAUCGUUGAUGAGGAUCCUCCAGUUUUUCCUGUCGGCCAGUUCAGUGAGAAGUUUGUUAACUUCAUCACUCAGUGUAUGCGGCGGCAGCCCAAAGAGAGGCCUGCCCCUAAUAACCUUAUGGAUCAUUCCUUCAUCAUACAGUUUAACGACGGUAACGCCGAGGUGGUGUCGAUGUGGGUUUGUCGCUGUCUGGAGGAGAGACGAGCUCAGGGACACGUCUGACGUCCUCCUGCUGUCCGCCAACGAUGGACGGGGACAUUUUAUCCUAAACCUUGAACACUUAUCAAAGGCUUCAGGGUCAAGUAUGUCCACACGCACUGUACAAGUGAUAUACGGACAAAAAUCACUAGAUGUUACAAGCUUUAUGUGAGUACUUUUUUUUAUUUAACAGCACUCAUGCGCCGUGACAACAAGAAGCUCACAUCCUUUGAACUUUGCAAUUAAUCUCUGCAUCCAAAAAGUGCAGAGAGGUCUUCGCUUUUAUUUCUAAAGUUGGUCUCCAUCUGCAGCUUCGUCCUCACGUUUUUUGAGAAUAUAUAGAAAUGCAGAGAGCCCAUCGCGGUCUGGUAAGUGGAGAUAAAAGGAUCAGUGGAUGAACUUGAAAGCAUAAGACUGCAAUACGCUGGCAGAGUAACGCUCUGUUUUUUGGGAUGGUAUCUCAAAUAACCGUCUUGUGCUUUACUGUUGACAGCCCUCUAGUGAAUGUUAAGGUUUCUGCCUGUGAGGAUCUGCCCAUGUGUGUGCCUGUUUUUCCAGUGAUGUAGUUUACUACCUCAGCAAGCUUAGGUUAAAAACAGCAUUACUUCCACUUAAUAAUCACCCGUUUUUAAUUCCCUGGACAAGAACAUUUAUGUCCAGUUAUUCCUUAAUGUUGUGUAGUCGGGGUGUUGAGUGGAUACAAAGCUCUGUCUCUCUCCUCAACGAGUGUUUGAGUGAACAACGAAACCUGCAAUAUAAAUGACUUUGAUGCAGCUCUGCAGUGUUACAGAGUGCAAUGAAAUAUGGACCUGCAUCUUUUCUUGGUUUUGAAGCGUACUCACCAAACUAUUAAUUAUUCUCACUCAUCAGGAGGAGCCAACGUUUCUCUACUUUUAAACCUGAUUUUAAAUCUUCUCUUCUUUUAUAUCCGUUUGCACAGACGUUGAAUGAUGUUUAAUGCCACUGAAUGAUCAGUUGGAAAGGAAAUUGUGCUGAAGCAAUUCUCCAUUUUCAUUUAGGGGCUAUUUUUUCUUAGAAUUUAUUAAGAAUAAGAUAAAUUACGGACAAGAAGAGAAACCAUCUCUUCGUCCCCUUAUAAACCAAAACUUUUGAUGUUUUUAAGUUAUUGUUUCCUCCACUUACUCACCAGUAAAUCCUUACAAGAUGUGUCUUGUGUUAUACAGGAAGCAUGCUAUUUUAUAUUAUUGCCAAAUGAGAUCAGUUGAUAAAUGCAGUGCACUUAACUCCAAAGACCACUGAGGACACAAAUGGUGAAUCGUAUGUACUUCUCAAGACUGAGACAAACAUAAUGGGUUAAAUGACUAAAAUGAUUUGACAAGGUCGUCAUGUGCAGCUGCUGAAAUGUGUAGAGCUCAAGUUCAAUUCCAUUUCUUCCACAAAGGCCCAGUAAACGCAGCUUACAGUGACAUGAUGUGUAUCGCUGGAAACAAAUGUAACUGCAGCACAUCAGAACAGAAAAGGUUAAAGCAGCAGUUUAUUACACAUAUGGUGGGUAGUUGGUUUUUUUUUUUCCCUGUACAUUGUUCUAUGUACGAUGAGGAAAAACAUGGAUAGUUUAAUUUAAUCACUGGCCUUUUGAUUGUAAAUCACCAGAAACUGAGAACACAUUUGUUGUUUGUAGAACAAUCAAACAUCCAUCGUGUCAUUGGUAAUUUGGGAACCCUUCAAGAUAUCUUCUUUUUUAUCAUUUUGAUUGUGAAGCAUCUUAUUCCAAGAUGGAAUCCCAUUCAAGUAUGCAAGUAUGAUUGAAGAUCACGAGAUGCAAAACUGGAGUUGGAUUUCAGAGAAGACGCAUACGACUGGAUUGUUUUACAAGCAGUCAGUUUACAAGCUCAUUUUAAGCCAAUAAAAAGCUAAAUGAUCAUCAGACGAUAGCCAGUGGGACUACAUUCAACCAACUCCUGCUCGAAUGUGAUUGGUCAAUACUAAUCCAACAAAUACCAAAAGCCUUGUGCACUAUAAGGCGCGUAGAGGGGAGGCAAAUUGGACUUGAAACCAAAACAAAUUUCCCAUACCAUAAUGAAAAGUUUGUGGUAUCAGUUCAUGUAGGAUGGGGAAAAAAUUGUAAGGAAUCCCUUUCCAUAUCCAUCAGUUCAUUAUUUUCCAGUUUUUAAGAUACAUUUAGUGAUCAGUCAGUCAGAGGCGCUGUGUGUCAUGAGCCCUUCCGUACAAUCAAUUUUUCAUUAUUGCCAUUAUUUUUGUCCCCAGAAACCUGAAAUUGAGGCACAGCCUUUUUACUUUGAUGUACAUACAUAUACUUUUACCUUAACCAUGCAGAGGACUGUGCAAUAUGCCAUUUAUUUGCAUAAAUAAAUUAAUGUAACUGAUAAUUUGGCAAAAAUCAAAAGUUGAAAAAGUCCCAGUAACUACUUUACACUUUUACCUUUUAUAUACAUACUGUAUAUUGUUAAUUAUAUUCAUCUAACUGUCAAAUUCUACUGUAGUAUUAACACAUCUGUUAAGUCUGCCUUAAAUAUAACUGAAGGUAUAAAUACUUAGCAGUCUGGUAAAACUAAUAAAUAUGUGUAGAACAAGAAGAGUGUGUGGUGGCUGCUGGCUGCAAAUUAAAUGUAUGUAUUGUUAAAUGUAUUCUUGAACCUCAAAUUAAACCAAAAAUAUAUAUUUUUUCUGAGCAGAUGUGUUGUUCACCAAAAGCUCAGACACAUUUCUACUGUUUUUUUUAAAUGUACUCAUUGCCUGUGGUUUUUUUUAAAAUCUGAAUCUGCAAUAUCAGUUGAAAUAUUUAUUAUUUUUUUACUUUCAGCUUGCUCUGUUAUUUUUCCUUUUUUUUGCCUAAACCACGAAACAUUAAGUCAGCGAUGGGACGCAGCAGAAAUGUUAUUGCUGUGAUGUUACUGGCGUUUUUAUGGCCUUUUCUGUAAUGAUCUGUGUUGGCACAUAUUCCAACCAUAAUGCACAAAUAGAAUAAAAAGUAU